CAGCCACAGUCCAACAACUGUGGCCUCAUAAAAAGCACCGAGAAAGAAGCGACAAGGACACACACAUUUCAAGGUGAAGGACUGAAUGAACUGCACGCACAUUUGGACGUAGAUUUCUGCUGCGGAACAAUACUUGUACUGUGACGGCAGACAGGCUUCCUCAGCUUCUCAAAGUAGCAUGUUAUGGCUGUCUAGGGUAACACAUCAGCCGCGCAGAGACAAAAACAUGAGGGUGACGGCCUUGUUCAUCAUUUGCUUCUGUCUGUUCUUGGAGAGUUUGGGGAAACCACAAUUCCCUGAGCAAGAAAAGGAUCCCAAAUUUUGGAAUGUGUGGGCCCAGCGGACCUUGAAGAACGCUCUGACCCUCCAAAAUCUUAAUAAAAAAACAGCGAAGAAUCUCAUCCUCUUCCUCGGAGAUGGGAUGGGCGUUCCAACUGUGACGGCCGCUCGAAUUCUGAAAGGUCAGCUGAAUGGACACAGCGGAGAAGAGACGCAGCUGGAGAUGGACAAGUUCCCUUUUGUGUCUUUGGCCAAGACGUACAACACCAACGCACAGGUGCCAGACAGUGCUGGGACAGCCACAGCUUACCUGUGCGGGGUUAAGGCCAACGAGGGUACGGUGGGAGUGAGUGCAGCUGCUGUCCGAUCCCAGUGCAACACCACAAUGGGCAACGAGGUCACCUCCAUCCUCAGAUGGGCGAAGGAAGCAGGCAAGUCAGUAGGAAUAGUGACGACAACUCGUGUCAACCAUGCCACACCCAGUGCUGCUUACGCCCACAGCGUGGACAGAGACUGGUACUCUGACAACGAGAUGCCAGCUGAAGCUCUGCAGGCUGGCUGCAAGGACAUCGCCAGACAACUCUUUGAAAACAUUCCCAACAUUGAUGUAAUUAUGGGUGGAGGAAGGAAGUAUAUGUUCCCCAAAAACAAGUCAGACAUAGAGUACCCUGGCGUGGCGAAGCACAGCGGAACGAGAAAAGACGGAAGAGACCUGGUGCAGGAGUGGACUAACAGGAUGAAGGAUAAAAAAGGCUUUUAUGUAUGGAACAAGAAGCAGCUCUUAUCACUGAACCCUAACAACGUGGAUUACCUAUUGGGUCUCUUUGAACCUGGGGAUUUGACGUAUGACUUGGAGAGGAACUCUGAAACUGACCCUUCACUGACUGAGAUGGUGGAGGUGGCCAUCAAGAUCCUGAGGAAGAACCCCAAUGGAUUUUAUCUGCUCGUAGAAGGAGGACGUAUCGACCAUGGACACCAUGAGGGCAAGGCCAAGCAGGCUCUGCAUGAAGCUGUGGAAAUGGACCGGGCCAUCGGCCGGGCAGAUCUCAUGACCAGCAUCCAUGAUACAAUGACCAUAGUUACUGCUGAUCAUUCUCAUAUGUUCAAUUUUGGAGGUUACACACAAAGAGGAAAUACAAUUUUUGGUUUGGCCCCAAUGUUGAGUGAUGUUGACCAGAAGCCCUUCACCUCGAUUUUAUACGGGAACGGACCUGGUUACAAAAAUGUCAAUAGUGCAAGGGAGAACGUCUCCACCGUUGACUACCAUGGAAACAACUACCAGGCCCAGUCAGCUGUACCUCUAAGCAUGGAGACGCACGGAGGAGAGGAUGUGGCCGUGUUUGCUAAAGGUCCCCUGGCUCACCUACUACACGGUGUCCACGAGCAGAACUACAUCCCCCACGUAAUGGCAUAUGCAGCUUGUAUUGGCCAGAACAGGGAACACUGCAUGGCAGGCAGCGGGACUGCCGGUUUACACCCCGUCCUCACUAGCAUUGUAGCCCUUCUCACAGUCACCCCAAUUCUGUGCUGACCUCCCCCGACAGCCCUCAUCCUGUUAAUAGACCCAUUUUAACCAGUCAUACAUUGAAUUUUACUUUACACCUUUUUCAUCAUGGGACCACUGUUUGGGCACUUUCAUGUUGUAAAAAUAAGGAUAUCAGUUUUUAGUCUAUUAAAACAAAACAUUACAAAAUAACCCCUGAAGCACUGAAAUGAAAAGUUAAAUUUCAAAGAUCACCAUAAAAUCAAGAGAUCGUAGUUGUGAUUUGUCUAUUGAGUAGUUUUUAAAUAAGGGUUUUACGACUUUUUAAGCUUCUUUGUUAUUGUAAACCCUUUAGUUUGGAAAAGGUACAUUGGCUUUGCAAAUGUUUAUGAUUGUUUCAAUUUUUAAAAAUGUGCAGAUAACACAAUCUACCUCAUAAGCUUGCAAAAGAUCUCUCAUGUAAUAUUAUGUAUGUAUUCAAAAGGAUACAUUUCAAAGAUCAAAUUUUAUGCCGAAACACGAGGCAAUUGAAUGUACAGAAUAAUAGAUAAAAAGUAAAAGAUAUCAUGAAUAAUUUGAGUGCAUACAAAGUGCAAAAAGCACUGAGGAAGCCCACCUACCAUUGUUGUGUCCAAUAACAGAAGUUGUACAAUCUCUUAACCAAUAAAGAAAAUGUUUGU